CAGGGCCAAUAAGGAGUCGGCCGAGUCCUUUUCUUCUAUGGUUCCAAACACUUUCUCUGAGCUUCUUUCCUCCAAUCUCCCUCAGUUCAUCUCCGACUGUCUGCUACCGAGAACCAAAAGCACUUUAACUCAGUUGCUAUGUACGGAUAUUUUUUAUGUCGCGCAUCUAAGACAGAAGCAUGAACUUCCGUGCCAGAAGAGUCACCUUGCCUGCCAUCACACCACUCUGUCUGCAGAAGCGGGUUAUUAAAGUUUAUAAUGAAGAUAACAUCAGCAGAGCGGUAGAAGUUCCCAGUGACAUCACAGCGCGGGACGUGUGCCAGCUGUUCGUGUUGAAGAACCACUGCAUCGAUGACCACAGCUGGACUCUCUUUGAACACCUCCCCCAUCUGGGAAUAGAGAGGACCAUCGAAGACCAUGAGUCUGUCAUGGAGGUGCUGUCAGGCUGGGGCUUGGACACCGACAGCCGGCUUUAUUUUAGAAAGAAUUAUGCAAAGUAUGAGUUUUUCAGGAAACCACUGGAGUUCUUCCCUGAUCACAUGGUCUCCAUAUCUAGUGAAAGCGAUGGGACGGUGGAUCCUUCUCAGCUCAUACAGACGUUUCUCAAGUCCAGCAGUUGUCCAGAGGUACAUGGAUUCCUCUAUGCCAAAGAACAAGGCAAGAAAUCCUGGAAGAAGUUAUAUUUUGUUCUGCGGAGAUCAGGGCUUUAUUGUUCCAACAAAGGAACUUCCAAGGAACCCCGGCAUCUCCAUUUCGUUGCCGACUUCAGUGACAGUGACGUCUACGGCGCCUUGUCCGCAAAAAAGCUUCACGGAGCACCGUCAGAUUAUGGCUUCUGUGUGAAGUCCCCAAAGUGUAGCUCAGCGCGAGACUUGAAGCUGUUCUGUGCCGAUGAUGAGCCAACCAGGACCUGCUGGCUCACGGCCGUGCGCUUGUUAAAGUAUGGGAUGCAGCUGUACCAAAACUUCCUCCAGCCUCAUCAGAAACAGAAAUCCUCACCGAUGAGAAGCAUCUCUGAAAACUCACUGGUUGCCAUGGACUUCUCAGGACAGAAGAGUCGGGUGAUUGAGAACCCGUCCGAGGCCUUGUCCGUGGCUGUGGAGGAGGGUCUGUCGUGGAGGAGGAAAAGCUGCCACAGGCUGAGCAGUCAUGGGAGCCCCUCUUCAUCGCUGAGUUCGGUCUGCAGCAUUGCACUUCAUUUAGCUCAGCCGUGGUUCCACAGCAAACUGUCCCGGGACGAAGCUCAGCGGGUCUCGUUGAUGGGUAAAGUAUUUCUCCUGAGAGACAGCCAGAGCAACCCAAAAACAUUUGUACUAUCGCUGUGCUACUCGCAGAGAGUCAAACACUUUCAGAUCGUGCCUGUGGAGGAUGAGGGGGAACUGUUUUACAGCUUGGACGACGGUCACACACAAUUUACAGACUUGAUCCAGUUGGUGGAUUUUUACCAGCUGAACCGAGGCGUGCUGCCCUGCAGACUCAAACACCACUGUGCCAAAGUCGCCCUGUGAACGAGGGAACCGCACAGCCUGAGGAGCGGCGCCGCUGAACUCCUGGAGCCGUUUUCUUAGAACCGUUCAUGAUAUUGUGCCUUGAAAACAAACAUCAAAACACUAAUCCGCCCGUCAUGAUAAACUGAAACCACUGUUAACCACUCAGACUGUGGUCUUAGGUCUGUCGAAACGCUGACUUUGAUAUUUCAACGUAGUACUUAAGUACGUACGUUAAUGUCCGUCUAUGGCGCUAAAUGAACCAUGAUUGUACUGUAUGUAUGUAGACUGGGUAUUAACUAAAUACUGACAAAUCAAAGGUAGCAGUAAAUAAAAUCCAAAAAUAGAGGCAUAUAUAAAUGGAA